CUUUUUGGCUACUGUAUUUCCAUCUAGUGGCGACAAUAGACAAAUAAAGUGGAAUGGUGUGAUUAAAUCGGACUUCCUUAUUCCCUUAUUGGCAGAAAGAAAAAAUGCAACCAGAAAACAUUAAAGAAAUAUUUUGCAGACUGUGUGGUAAUAUCAUAAGCGAAACACAUUGCGAAGUUAUAGGAGAAGUCUUAAGGGAGGUUUUCGAGUUUGUUUUGCCCAAUGUGAACUUGGAAGAGCGAGAUAAACAUGUAAUAUGUAAAACGUGCUCUGUAAAAUUAUCUGCUGCUUUUAAUUUUAAGAUGAGAUGUAAGGAUACUGAAGAUAUUAUUUCUUCAUUUGUUAAUUCCAGUAAAGCAUCAGUGGUUGACUUAAAAAUGGUUUAUAUAAAGGGAAAAGGCAAUAUUCAGUCAGCUGAUGUAUCGGAAAAUCAUAAAAUUUGUCGAUUAUGUAUUCAGUUGCUAACGGAUGGAUUUGUGUCACUAAAUGAAGUGGAUGUUGACAUAAUUGAUGAGUUUAUACCACACCUUAACCUCGCUGUUUCCAAUGAUCCCGUUAUAUGCGGACCAUGUUUUGAUUCGCUUCAUACUCACCGGUGUUUUUUAAAGAACUGCCUUGAUGCACAGGAAAAAUAUAAAAGUGUCGAUCGGCAGUUUCAUAUAUCUGAAGAGAUUGCUAUAAAACUGGAAGGAGCUGGUCAAGAUGUGCAGGAGAUUCAUGAAAGUAUUUGUGAGCAGUCUUAUAUAAAAUCUGAAGAGAUUGCUAUAAAACUGGAAGAUGGUCAGGAUACGCGGGAGAAAUAUAAAUGGGUUGAACUGCAGUCUUGUAUUAAAUCUGAAGAUAUUGAAAUAAAGGUAGAAGAUGAUCAGGAGGGUGAUUUCCGAUCAUACGACUUAGGUGAUGAAAGUGUUGAAGUAAAUAAUGAAAAUAAAUGUGAAACAGGAUGUAACGAAGAUUUUGUGACACCAAUGUCCAUUCACAACGACCAGAUACCUAAAAGCAACAAUUCUACAAUUCAGAAUUGUGAAUCGUUCUUAGAUACACAGUUGUACCAAUGUGGUUUAUGUAAAUAUAAAACUAGAUUUAAGGCGAAUUUGUAUAGGCAUCAGAGAAUGCGCAAACACUUUUCCAGGAAGAAAUCUUUUGCAGAAAUUGAAAUAUUCAAAUGUGAUGUUUGUACUUAUGAGACCAAACAGAAGAGACAUUUGGAAUUUCAUAAGCUAACACAUAAAAAACACUCACAAAUCCUAAUGUACAAGUGUGAUACUUGCACUUAUCAGGCUAAAUACAUCAGUGUUUUGAAAAGACACCAGUUGUUGCAUAAAAACUCUUCGGAAAUCCAAAUGUACAAAUGUAAAUCGUGCAGUUAUGAAACUAAAUAUAAGAGUCAAAUAAAAGUGCAUCAAUUAAAACACAAAAACCUUUCAGAGAUCCAAAUGUACGCAUGUCAGACGUGCAGUUUUAAAACUAAAUAUAAAGAUUCUCUGAAGAGGCAUCAGUUAAUGCACAAAAGUAUUUCAGAAAUCCAAAAGUACAAGUGUAAUACUUGUACUUAUAAAACUAAAUUUAAGGGUCACCUAAAAGAACAUCUGUUAUCACACAAAGGUCAUUCAGGAUUCCCAAUGCACCAGUGUGAUAUGUGUAGUUAUGAAACUAAAUUAAUGUCACAUCUAAAAUUGCAUCAGUUGAAGCACAAGGACCCUUCGGAAAUCCAAAUGUACAAGUGUAGUAUGUGCGAUUUUAAGACUAAAUAUAAGUAUACCGUAAACAGGCAUCAGUUAACGCAUAAAAAUAUUCCAGAAAACCAAGUGUACAAAUGUGAUAUUUGUACUUACGGGACCAAUUUUAAGAGAUAUCUAAGUCGGCACCAGUUAAAGCACAAGCACCCUCCAGAAAUACAAAUGUACAAGUGUGACACUUGUCCCUAUGUGGCUAGACGUAGGGGACAUUUAAAAAUGCAUCAGUUAUCACACAAAUUUCCUUCGGAAGUCCAAAUGUACAAUUGUGAUACUUGUACCUACGAAACUAAAUAUAAAAGUCAUCUCAAAAGGCAUCAAUUAAUACACCAAAAACUUUCGAAAGUCCAAAUGUACAAGUGUGAUACUUGUACUUACGAAACAAAAUAUAAGAGUCAUCUCAAGAGGCAUCGAUUAAUACACCAAGAACCCCUGUGAAUAUCCAAAUGUACAAGUGAUGCCUGUAGUUUUGAAACUAAUUAUAAGGGACAACU